CCCCGGCCCCCCGAGGCUCCCCUGCCUUGGGGCCCCCUCCCGCGCCACACAACGCGGCCACGCGCGCGCAAACACACACACAUCCACAUCCACACUCACACGCACCGACACGCCAGCCAGCGGCCGGCCGCUGCGUGGACCGCUUUGCCCCGAGCCCGGCGCGGCCCGGCCCGGCAUGAGACAUUGCAAAAUGGCCCGGGUCGCCAGUGUGCUGGGACUGAUCAUGCUGAGCGUCGCGCUGCUGAUUCUCUCGCUCGUCAGCUACGUGUCCCUGAAAAAGGAGAACAUCUUCACUGCCCCCAAGUACGCCAGCCCGGGCGCGCCCCGAAUGUACAUGUUCCACGCGGGAUUCAAGUCCCAGUUUGCCUUGAAGUUUCUAGAUCCGUCCUUUGUGCCCAUUUCGAAUUCCCUGAGCCACGACCGCCAGGAGAAACCUAAGUGGACAUUUAAUCGGACCGCGUUUUUACAUCAAAGGCAAGAAAUUCUUCGACAUGUCGAUAUCAUAAAAAAUUUUUCUUUGACCAAGAAUAGUGUUCGGGUUGGACAACUGAUGCACUAUGAUUAUUCCAGCCAUAAAUAUGUUUUCUCUAUUAGCAAUAACUUCCGGUCACUGCUUCCAGAUAUAUCACCCAUUGUGAAUAAGCACUAUAAUAUUUGUGCUGUGGUUGGCAAUAGUGGCAUUCUGACGGGGAGCCGAUGUGGACAAGAAAUAGAUAAGUCAGAUUUUGUGUUCCGUUGCAAUUUCGCCCCGACAGAAGCUUACCAAAGAGAUGUUGGACGGAAAACUAACCUGACCACCUUCAACCCCAGCAUCCUGGAAAAAUAUUACAACAACCUUUUGACUAUUCAGGAUCGCAACAACUUUUUCCUGGGUUUAAAAAAGCUUGAUGGGGCCAUUCUCUGGAUCCCUGCAUUUUUCUUUCACACUUCAGCAACUGUUACCAGGACAUUAGUUGACUUUUUUGUUGAACACAGAGGUCAGUUAAAGGUCCAAUUGGCAUGGCCUGGAAACAUAAUGCAACAUGUCAACAGGUACUGGAAAAACAAACACUUGUCACCCAAACGGCUGAGCACAGGUAUCCUCGUGUAUACCCUUGCAUCAGCAAUAUGCGAAGAAAUCCACCUGUAUGGAUUUUGGCCUUUUGGAUUUGACCCCAACACGAAGGAAGAGCUCCCAUACCAUUACUAUGACAAGAAAGGAACCAAAUUCACCACCAAAUGGCAGGAGUCCCACCAGCUGCCUGUGGAGUUUCAGCUGCUGUACAGAAUGAAUGAGGAAGGGCUCGCCAAGCUGUCUCUGUCUCACUGUGCCUAAGAACUCCAAACAGAAAGUGCCAAACGGCUGUCUAAAAAGUGCCCCAAAUCAAAUUGAGUCUUCAGAACAGAAACCUAGAGAUUUCUUAGAAGGACUGUCUGCCGUUUCCAAGCUAUCUCCUCUCCCUCUUUUGUACUCGUGGCUCUUUCGAUGGACAGAGGCCUGGAAGGCCCGUGGUUGAAGUUGGAAGCAAAGCGUGUUGUAUUUGGAGCCAUGCUGCUAGUGAAAUGGAAGUAUUUUCAUGUUUAUAUUUUAAUAAUAAACUGCCUCCCACAUUUUUUAAUGAGGACACGAACUGGGGCUUCUGCCACUUUGUGCAGAGAGAGACCUCACCGUCCGAGGCUCACGGCCAAUUUGGACAGGACCUCAGCUUUGCCUGUUAGGAACAGGCUCUUUGAAUGGAAAUGCACACAAAAUCAGUUGGCAAAAUUGCAGCUCUCACGCUUCCUGACCCCUGUCUAGCUCCUCCUCUCCUCUCACAUCCACCUCCUGGCCCCACAACUAUGUGGAUGAGUCAUUGACUAGGACUCCGAAGGAAUUCGUUUUGCUUGCUGUGUUGUAGCCUCUGUACUUGGUGUGUUCAAGGUUCUGGGUGAGCCUUGCUAAUUCAUGACAGAAAAAGUGAAUCAUGAUGGAUUUCCUAAUGAUCAUUUUUGUAAAAGUUGCCUCUUAGACAUCCUCACUUUUCCUUCUGAGGUGAGUGGCAUAAAUGCAUCCAGUGCAUCAUUCCUUGUCACCUAGCAAGCUGCUCCAGUAGGUAGCUUCCAGUCUCUUGGCAUAACUGAUGUCAGGGCAAAUCAUUCUGUUGCUAUGAGUGUGAUGGCAUUCU